UUUCGCCUAUCUUGGUACCCGGUUAACUUUUUACUAUUGACCCGAAGUUGGGGGCGUUGCGGGAGCUGUGACCUACCCCAGGCCGUGGUGAGUGAGCCAUGGUAUCUGAUCCCCAGGCUGACCCUGAUUAUGCCAUUGCCAUGACAGAGGCGCAGCCUUUAGACCGGCCCUGGGAACCUAUGUUGUGGUUAGGGUCACAUUCUCGGGGCUGCGUGGGUUCAGGCCCAGGGUUUUGUGUGCUCUGCCCCUAAUGUCGGUCCUCUGGCUAGGAGUGAUUUCGAGAUACUGAGAGCUCUCGGUUUCCAGCUCCGAGCCCCAUGACAUCUUGAGUGACCUUGAACUGGACACUGUCCCCUUUAAGGGCCUCAUUUCCACUUCUGGUAAGAGGGCUGACUACGUUUUCUUAGGGUACUGGUCCCUGCUGGUCUGAAACGCUGUAACCCCUCGCGCCCUCCAGCCCCUGGGUGGGUAUUAGAGUGAAUGUGGAGGGGUCGGUGCUGACUUAUCAUGUACGCUCCCAGGACUAAAGACCAGGAGGCUAUUUUCUCCACGGUGCUAAGUUGACAUGGAUCCGCUCAGAGCCCAGCAACUGGCAGCGGAGCUGGAGGUGGAGAUGAUGGCCGACAUGUACAACAGAAUGACCAGUGCCUGCCACCGGAAGUGCGUGCCUCCCCACUACAAGGAGGCAGAGCUGUCCAAAGGCGAGUCUGUGUGUCUGGACCGAUGCGUAUCCAAGUACUUGGACAUCCAUGAGAGGAUGGGAAAAAAGUUGACAGAGUUGUCUAUGCAGGAUGAAGAGCUGAUGAAGCGGGUACAGCAGAGCUCUGGGCCUGCAUGAGGCCCCGGGCCAUGUACACCCGUGGUGCACCUUGCCACCUCUGAUUAAAGUGUCCCUAAUGGAUGUCACAUGUGAAAACUGUCAUACUUAGGCCCUUGAGCAUCUCCAGGACCCCUGCGUGUGGUAGAGCUCUCCUGGCUAAGGAAGGGGACUUGUCAUGCUGGUUUGUGACUGUGAAUGUGUGUAUAUGUAUAUAUCAUAUUAAAACAAAUUUGUGCAAA